CUACGUUCUUAGCUACUCUAACGCUACUCUGGAGAGAUUUGGAACUAUUAUUUAUAGCUAACAGCUGGACACUUUUGUUCUACCAUAAAAGAUGUCAAUCCUCUUCAAGCAUAUACAGUAUUAUCUGACAGUUUUGAAAUAAAUAUAAAAACCUCAACAGUCAAAUUCGCAAAAAAAGUUAGUUAAAAUAUCCUGUCACAUUUGACUUUUCGUCUCUGUCAAAAAAUUACCAGGACUCAUAAAAGCAUGGUGAAGACACCGCAGACCCCGUGUCCGCCGUUCCAAUGCCCGCCGCCGCCGCAGCCGCCGUGCCCCGCCGUGUGCCCCCCACCCCCUCCUCCACCAGCAUGUCGGGUUAAACCCAUCAUGCGGGGGUUGCACUGGGCACAGACCACGAGAAGGCUGACUGAAGGGCUGCUACUUAGCGCUUUUGGCGGACUGGUGAUAUACUUUACGUAUACAAGGCCGCAUAUGGAGCGUUAUAGAGAGUUUUAUGCGCUUUCAGAUUUUGAAGAAUGGGCCGAUGAAAUGGCAAAAAAGGGUCUGUUUCAAUCGGUUCCUAAAGAAGGCUUCCCAAAGAAAGACAAAAAAUGAUUUGUAUUUAUUUGUCAUUAUUAAUGUUAUAUAGAUAUUGUUUUGUGGC